CUUUUUAUUUAUUUUAUAAUUUUACAACGUCUAACUUAUUUUCUUUUCUAGUUAUUUUUUAUAUUCACUAUUUUAGUUAAUUUAAGGAGCAUUUAUGUUGGACGGUACCUUUUCUUUUCAAUGGAACAAUGCUAUGCACACAAAAUUAUAAUAAUCAUAACAACAAUGAUGGUAAUUAUUAUGAUUUAAGUAAACAAUAAAAUAAAAUAAAAACAAUCUUACUCAAAAAAAUAAAAUAAAACAAGUUGCUGUGAAAAUCUUAUUACUGUUAUGGUUCUUGUUGUAUUAUAUGCUAAUGUGUCUUAUUAGAGGUGGUGCUCCAUCUGUAAGAGAUCUGGGUGCUUGAAUAAUUGGCCCCAUGCCUCUCUAUUUUUGUAUUUAUGAUGCAUCUUAACAUUUGAGAUUUCAGAAAACUUUAGAAUGCAUAGUGCACGUGCAGUUUGGCUACUGUAUAGCAGAACCUAGGUUGCUUCAAUUUUCACUUUGAUGGCUGUAGUCCUACACAAGUAAAUGUUCUUAUACGUGUUUUUGGCUAGUUUGAACAUUUGAGGAUAGCUUUUAAGAAUGUCUUUCUUGAAGUAUAUGCAGACUAUAGUCAUAAAAGUGUGUAAAUAACGUUUUAGUAUUCUUUGUGUGUAUGGCCUUGAGGAGUGAUUUAUUAUUAUUAACUCUCUGCCUUCAUAGUUGGUUUCUGCUUGAUUUUUCUUAUGAGUUGUGAAGUAGGUCACGUAUGACGGUCAGUUGCAUUCAUAUAUCUUUUGGAGUUUUACAAUGUAGUUAAUCAAGAUUAGAAAAAGUAGUCCUGUGAUGAUAAAUACUUUCAAUUCAAAUCCAUAUGGAAUGAUAGUUGCAUUACAAUCCUCUGUUUGAUAUGUUUCAUUGAUGACGAUUUUUAGAGGUGUGCAAAGAAUAUGGUAUAUAUGUGACUGAUACAAUGUUAAGGUAACUGGUUUUUCUAUCAGCACUCUUGUCCAUAAAAUGGUUAUCAUCAUUUACUUUGACCUUGAUUGAUGAGUUGUUGCCCUAUUUUUACUCAAUUGUGGAGGUGUACUGAGCACCAUAAGAUUCUAUGCUCUGUGAAUAUAUGAUUCUGUUCAUGACUUUGAAGUGCUUCUGCUGUUGUUUUGUUUAUAUAUGUAUAAAGGCAUUAUUACAUACAUGCAAGCUCUUUCACAACUUAGCUUCUACGUAUGCAUGCAUUGGAAACUUGGUUUAUUGAUUUCUUCUUUAUGAAUGUGGAACCACAAAACUUAUUAUAUUUCGUGUGUUUUUCCUCCCUUUCUUCUCUACUUCUUAUUGCAGUUAAAAUGGUUCAGAAAAGGCCUUUGAGUGAUAAUGAAUCAUAUGACACAUCUACUAAGCACCCUAGGCAACAGGAGUGCAGUAACCAGUUGGUUUCUUUCCUGGGCUUUGUGCCUGUUGAAAAUAAGACACAACUACCUAUGAUUUCAGGCGAAGGCAAAGCCAAUUGCACAGAGAGUGAUGAGAAGCUUGUUGGUGGCAUCAUUACCAAACUCCCAUUAUCCUCCAAUGAUGAGGAAAUCAGUGUCCCUGGUUGCAUUUCCAACAUGUCCUGGGACUGCAGCACUACAAGUGAGGAGGAGGAUGAAUUGGAGGCACCUUUUCAUUUAUUGUUGUCCCCAGAAUAUUAUAAUGCUGACAGGCCAACAAGAGCAUUAGUUCAAUCUGAAGACAUAUGCACCUCUCUGGAGGAAUAUCCCCCUCAAAAAAUUGUUCCUAUUGGACCAGGUUUUCAAGCAGACAUUCCAACAUGGGGUGCCCAGAGUGCAAAGGAUGCUUCUGUUGGUUCGGAUGGAUCUGGACCAUCAAUUCUCAUUUCUCAAACUUCAGGAUAUAAUCUUAGUGAUUGUAAGGACCUUGACCUUGAGAAUAGGUUGGCUGGGUCUUGUGUCAUUCCAAUGCCUGAAUCUGAACAAUCUCCAUGUAAUAGUGAUAAUGUUGGAGUGGGUAGAACUGAUUGCUCCUGUGAGGAUUGUGGGUCUGUUAGAUGUGUCAGACAACAUAUCAGAGAAGGGAGGGAAAAUCUUUUGAGAACUCUUGGUCGGGAGACAUUUCUGGAGCUUGGGUUCUCUGACAUGGGGGAGGUUGUGGCUGAUAAAUGGAGUGAAGAGGAAGAGCUGCUGUUUCACCAGGUUGUGUUUUCUAAUCCUGCAUCAUUAGGCAGGAACUUUUGGGACCAUCUUCCCAUGGUUUUUCCAUCUCGAGCCAAAAGAGAUAUUGUUAGCUACUACUUCAAUGUAUUCAUGCUGCGAAGGCGGGCUGUACAGAACAGAUGUGAUCCAAUGCAUAUUGACAGUGAUGACGAUGAGUGGCAGGGGAUUGAUGAUUAUGGAGAUGAUGAAGUUAGGGCAGCUGAGGAAGACGAGGAUUCUGCUGUUGAAUCCCCAGCCACUCAAGAUGCUCCCAGUCAUACUGAGUUUCGAGAGAAUUCACAUCAGUUUCAUGUCAGUGUACCUUCUGCAGGUUUUAGUAAUAAUGCACAGGGUCCCAUCAAUAUUGCAAGCAUCUGCUCAAGAAAGUUGCUGAAUGACUGUGGUCCUGAUUCUAGACUUCAGCUCUCAGGUAAAUGCCUCUGGGAUGAAAAAGAAGAUCUUGAUGUACAGGAGGAUUCCUGCACAUCUUCUGAUGCAGGGAGUGUACCAUUAGCGACCCAUGUGAAGGAUGACAAUAGCAAUAAUAGUAUGAGUGGUGGGAACAGCCAUGGUUUUGUCAUGGAGCAUUACAAUGUUAAAGAAUGGGAUAUUGGGUACUUGAAUUGCCCAAAACGGGGAGUUGAACUUUUACCAACAUGCAGUAUGAUUGAAGAAGUGUUUGGUAGUGGAGCUUCAGAAUACGUGGGUAAAGAUGGUGAGGGUUUGAGUUAGUGUUGCAUUGUCAUUUUAGCUUGCAGGCAAGGUGCUUUAGGAAAGUUUGAAGCUUUAAAAGGUAGGAAAAUUUCCUUUGUGCUUCUGCCAAAGAUGAAAGAGAGGUGCUUUACAUUCUCUAGGAUCUAGCUCCUGGAGGUGGUUGGCGUACAAUGUGUGUAUAUGUUCUUGAAGGUAAUCUAAUGGGAUUCUUAACUCGAGUCUCUUUGUCGCGGAAUGCUCUUUGUCGCGGAAUGCAACCAAAAGCUCUUGAUCAAUCCUCAAGUGUCCGGGUGUUAAUGCCUUGGUCCAGGGAAAUCCAGCUGAGAUUUUCUUCUGGGGAUCAUUCUCUAGGAGCCAUAUAAUAGUAUUUCAAGAUUGCAAAUGCAAAGUCGUUGUAAUACAAUUAUGUUGUAUUACGUUCUUAAAUAUGAUAUUCUUGAAUAAUCUGCCCAUUCCUUGGUUGAAGAAUUAUUUAAUUUUUGCCUGCA